GACCGACACCACCACUUCAGCUGGCUCAUGGAAGCGAAUGUCCUCUUAUUUGCUUCAUAUCUGCAUGACUCUCUCGCUCAAGAAUGUUUCAAUGGACUGGAUGCCCAGCUGACCAAACUUGAUGCUGUUCAAGAGCAGCCACAGCUGAUCGACCCUCAUGUCCAGGGGCUGCUUGAUCCCAUCACCGCUCAUCUCGUCCAGAGCCUAUUGAAGCCUAUGCCUACAUUCGUACAGGACCUGUAUCGCAUUGUCUAUCAUCUUUGCAAGCUUCGUGGUGCCAAAGUCAUUGUCAAGCUGCUCCCAAAUCACGUACACCUCCUCAAUCCGGUGCUCGACACUUUGCAGACUCAGGCGCCAGAUACAACUGAGUGGCACAAUGGUGGUGUGGCCCUGCGUAUACUUACGCUGGCACAAACAUACCUUGGAGCAAGCAAUAUUUUGCAAGCGCACAUUCACCCUGCCUUGAAUGCGUUGAGGCAAAUCGAAUCUGAUGAUUUCAAUAGCAACACGUUGCUUCGCAAAUUACGAAUGAAGCUUUCUCAACGACUUGCAUUGACUAUGCUCAAACCAAGCAGGGCCGCAUGGCGAUACAAGAAUGAUCCAAAAAGCUAUGGUGUUGGGAACAUUUCAACGGAUCAGGAACCCGAUGAACCAUCGCAGGCAGUAGAGGAAGUGGUAGGCGUUCUCUUGGAGGGCAUUCAAGACCGCGACACGGUUGUUCGCUAUUCUGCCGCAAAGGGUAUCGGCAGAGUUACCAGUCGUCUACCGCGGGAAUUUGCUGAAGAAAUUGUCGGCGCGAUACAAGGCUUGAUGGAACAUCAAACGCAUACAGAGUCUGGUCUUCUCAAGCUGAAUGAAGAAGCAAGCGAUGCUACAUGGCAGGGGUGCUGCUUGGCUAUUGCUGAACUCUGUCGGCACGGCGCACUACUACCUGAAGCUUUGCAUCAAGCGAUGCCAAUUGUCAUUCUUGCACUACAAUUUGACAUUCGCAAAGGCUCGCACUCGAUUGGCACCGUUGUCCGAGAUGCAGCUUGCUACCUCCUUUGGUCAGUUCUGCGAUGCUAUACAAGUCAAGUGCUACGACCGCUUGCGCACCAAAUUGCCUCCACGCUCAUUGUCGUCGCCCUCUUUGAUCGAGAGAUUAGCGUUCGUCGUGCAGCAAGUGCCGCAUACCAAGAAGGCGUGGGUCGUCAUGCUGAAGGUCUUUUUCCUGAUGGUAUUGCAGUCUUGACACUCGCAGACUUUCAAAGCGUAGGACAGCGUCAAAAUGCUUUUAUGAAUGUUGCACCGAAAAUC